AUGUCUAUCCUCAUCACAGGCGGUGCAGGUUACAUUGGAAGCCAUACAUUGAUCGAACUCGCUAAGGCUGGUUACGAUUUCAUAGUUUAUGAUAAUCUUUGCAAUUCAAGCGAAGAAUCAUUGAAGAGAGUUUCAAAGCUCAUCAACAAGGACGUAAAGUUCGUUAAGGGAGAUAUCAGAGAUAGAGAUGCAUUAAAAUCUUGCUUCGAGAAGUACAAGAUUGAUUCAGUAAUCCAUUUUGCAGGCUUAAAGGCUGUUGGUGAAUCAGUUGUUAAGCCAAUCGAGUACUAUAAAAACAAUGUCAACGGUACACUUGUUCUCCUUGAUGUAAUGCGUCAAUUCGGCUGCAAGAAGAUUAUUUUCUCCAGCUCAGCAACAGUUUACGGCAAUCCAAAUGCUCCACUGAUCAAAGAAGACUUUCCAGUCGGUGGAACAACAAACCCAUACGGUACAUCAAAGUAUUUCAUCGAAAGAAUUCUCCAAGAUUGCUAUGUUGCCGAUAAGAAGAUGCAAAUUGUCCUUCUUAGAUACUUCAAUCCUGUAGGUGCUCACGAAUCAGGCUUGAUUGGUGAAGAUCCAAGUGGAAUUCCAAAUAAUUUAAUGCCAUUCAUUUCUCAAGUCGCUGUUAGAAAGCGGCCAUGCUUGAACGUUUUCGGUAAUGAUUAUCCAACACCAGAUGGCACAGGUGUUAGAGAUUACUUGCACGUUGUUGAUCUUGCUAUUGGCCACGUCAAGGCUUUGGAUUACUUGAAUGCACACCCAGACAGCAAGCCACUCAUUGUCAAUCUUGGAACAGGUAAGGGCUGCUCUGUCCUCGAACUCGUCCACGCUUUCGAGAAAGUCAAUGGAAUCGAAAUUCCUUAUAAGAUCGUUGCUAGAAGACCAGGUGACCUUCCAACAGUAGUUGCUGAUCCUUCAUAUGCUAAGGAAGUUCUUGGUUGGACAGCUACAAGAACAAUUGAAGAUAUGGUUCGUGAUUCAUGGAACUGGCAGUCACAUAAUCCAAAUGGCUACAGAGCUUAA